AUGGCUGCCCAACCUGAAACUAAACAGGUAAUUGAGCCCUCCGCUGGAGCUCCGGCCUCCGGCGUACGCAAGGAAGAGGAUGGCGGCGGGGACGUUUGCUGCGUCUGCAAGAAAAGUUUCCGUUCACCAAAAUCGCUUUUUGGUCACAUGAGGUCGCACCCGGAGAGGAGCUGGAGAGGGGUUAAGCCCCCACGGUCGCCGCCGGCGGAUGAUCCUUCUCCGAGUGCCUCCUCCUCCGACCCAGAUGAUGCUUCAAUGGAAUUCGACGAAGUAGGGUUUACUCGAUCGUUACAGCCUCUGCCCCGAUGGUCGAGGAAGGCCAAGAGGGGAGGCACAGGAGUCACGACUUCAGAAACUGCGAGGACGACGACAGCUUGUGCAACUCCAUCUUCUCCGUCGUCGAAGCUGCAGCAGAGUACUGCGGACAGUACCGUUUUCUCCCUUCUGGUGACCCUAGCUAAUUACAGCGUAGCUUCUUCGUCUUCGCAGAAGAGAAAAGCUUCGGACUUUAGGGCUCAAAUCGGCAGUUCGAUGGAAGGAGAGGCGAUUCGGACAACCAAAGGUCAAGCUUUUCCGAAUGGAACGGGUGGGUUGAUUGAUAAGUUUAGAAGAGAAGUUUUCCCAAUUGAGAAGAAGCAGUAUAAGUGCAAGGAUUGCGACAAGUUGUUUUCGAAUCCUCAGGCCUUAGGGGGACACAGGUCAAGCCACAGAUCAAGAGGAGUUGCUGCUACUGCCACUGCUCCCUGUACUGCUACUACUAAUGCUACUGAAUCCACCGAUGAGGACCAGUGGAAAGCGCCGAAGGAAGCCCUAAUUCCUCCCUGGUACCUCACCAGAGGCGAGCUCAAGAGCGGUCAUGAGAACAGCCCAGGGAGCCGGUGCAUGACAGGGAGUAGUAGUAGUGGUGGUGGCGCUGAAGGGGGCAGUGCCAAAAUAUUUCCUUUUGAUUUGAAUGAGCUUCCUGCUGUGGAGGAAGAAGAAGAAGAAGGAGAGAUAUCGUGGAACUGA